AUGGGGCGCUAUGUCUCUGGUCUCACCGUUCUUUUUCCUGAAGGAACCCACAAGGAAAACUGUGGCUGCCAAAAGAAAGAUCAAGAAAAAGCAGACGAGAAGAACAACAAAAACAAAGAAAAUGGUAGUAUUAGUAGUUUGCUUCCUAUGGUGAUUAGAGGAGAUGGCACCGGUAGCAGCUUUCAGAUGCCACUCCGUUACCCAAAAUACACCAAGGAGGAUUACGAAGACAUGCCUGAACCAGAGCUUGACCUUCUCCUGGCUUCAUAUGGGUUAUCUACUAAUGGUGGCUUGGACUACAAGAGAGAGUUUGCAAUGGGAGCCUUUCUAUGGCCUGAUCUUCAGGCACAACAAGUUGAGUCUUCACCUAGCUACACCCUUCAACAUUCUUCUAUUCCCAAGGAAAACAGAGUCGAGUUUUUGAGCAGUUUAUUGAAGUUUAAAAAUACCACUUCCUUAGUUAUAGCUAGGUUUUUCUAA